AUGAGGAAGAUGAUGAAGAGGUACCUGGGACCCAAGAUUUGGCUGAUUUCUCUCCUGUUUAUCAGUGUCUACACAUAUUCUGUCCUGGGGGCCUGGGAAACAUUUGAGAACUACUACCGAAAACAGAGGCGAAAACAGGCUUGUUUGGUGCUCCAGCCUCUGUCUAACAUGCAUGAAACUUUAGAUGGCUACAGGAAGUAUUCUAAUCAAAUUGUCGGCUUUUUUUUCUUUUGUGAAGAUCACAUUUUACAUACAAUGCAGGACUUAGUAAAUAGAGCCCACAUUGGUGAACUGUGGGAAAUGGCGCUUUCAAAAACCACUGCAGCACUCCGUACUCACUUGUCUUACUGCUCUGAUCCAGACCUCAUAUUAGAUUUGAAGAACCUCACUAUACUUUUUGUUGACACUUCAGCUGUAUGGUUUUCCUGGACAGUCCAUGCUACCAAGCUGUAUGGCACCAUGUCUUUUAAGGUUGCCAGACAUGCAGCUGAAGAAGAGAUUUAUACCAACUUAAACCAGGAAAUUGACCAGUUUCUACAGCUGGCUGGCUAUGACUGGGUGACAGGAGAUUUGGGCAGCAAAACAAGUGAUUACCUAGUAGACGUCAUUGCCUUUCUACAUAGCACCUUUGCUGUGUUCACACACCUUCCUGGAAAGGUGACCCAGACUGCAUGUAUGUCAGCUUGCAAGCAUUUAGCCACUUCUUUGAUGCAACUUUUGCUGGAAGCUGAAGUAAGACAGCUCACCUUGGAAGCAUUACAGCAGUUCAACUUGCAUGUCAGAGAAUGUGGACAGUCGGCCAGAUCCGACCCAGUGCCUGGGUUCCAGGAGGACACGCUGCAGCUGGCCUUCAUCGACUUGAGACAAGAUCCUGGAGAAUGA